UCUUCAACACUCUCAAUGCCGAGUAUCUGUUUAGCAACCAAACCAAACUCCACUCUCUGCUGCAAUGCUGAAGCUACUUUCAUGGCGUCCCUCACCUCACAAAACCCUAACCCUAGACCUGACCAAACCAUUCCUCUCCCUCUCCCGCCUUCUCAGUCAAUCCCUAUCCGAGGACCCAUAUGAAUACGACCCUCCGUUCUCUCCGGUUUCCAAAACCCCAAAGCCCAAGAAAACCAAAACCCAGGAUAAAGCUCCAGACCCGAAGAACGACCCGAACCGUCCUCUCAAAUCGGACCUGCCCUUCGACUUCAGCUACUCGUAUUCGGAGACCAAUCCGGCGGUCGAACCUAUUGCGUUCCGGGAGUCGCCCAAGUUCUCUCCUUUCGGACCUGGUCGGCUUGAUCGGAAAUGGACCGGGACUGUUGCCGCGGUACAACAAGAAGUGGACUUGGACCGGGUUGCGGAGGAGAGAAAACGGGUUAUCGGAGACCCGCUAGCGGAGGAGGAAGUGGCGGAGCUGGUGGAACGGUACCGUCAUAGUGAUUGCGCCCGGCAAAUUAAUAUGGGAAAGGGAGGAGUUACACAUAACAUGUUGGAUGAUAUCCACAACCACUGGAAGCGAGCGGAAGCGGUGAGGAUCAAGUGUUUGGGAGUGCCAACUCUUGAUAUGGACAAUGUUUGCUUCCACCUUGAGGACAAGUCUGGUGGGAAGAUUGUUUACCGGCAUAUUAAUGUCCUCAUUUUAUACCGGGGUCGAAACUAUGAUCCGAAGAAUCGACCGGUAAUACCUGUAAUGCUCUGGAAGCCGUAUCCUCCGAUAUAUCCAAAGCUUGUGAAGAAUGUUGCUGACGGCUUGACAUUUGAAGGAACGAAGGAGUUAAGAAACAUAGGACUAAACUCUUUACCUCUGAUGAAACUUACGAGAAAUGGUGUGUAUGUGAAUGUUGUGGAUAGAGUUAGGGAGGCCUUCAAUACUGAAGAGGUAGUGAGACUAGACUGCACCCAUGUUGGUACUAGCGAUUGCAAAAGGAUAGGUGUAAAAUUAAGGGAUCUAGUACCUUGCAUCCCCCUUUUGUUCAAGGACGAGCAGAUUAUCCUCUGGAGGGGGAAGAGGGAUCAAAAGCAAGACCCCGAGUGCACGGAUAGAAGUAAAAUGUCCGCAGAUGCUUAAGUGCUGCCAGGGGCUGGCAAUGAUGUCUGUGAUGAAAGGGUUGCUCCGUUCCAGAGCAACUUGAAUGCUCUUGCCAAGGAAUGGGACCCUAUCACGAACAUGGCACCUGAAGAAGACAGGUGCUAUUUUCUAAGCAUUUUCCAACUGAUACCUUCUCUGGGAGGGUCGGAUUAUAGGCAUUUUGAAAUCUUCCCAUGCUAAUACUCUUAAUAGAGAUAAUCUCUGCUUGAGUCUGUGUGGGCAUACGGAUGACGUGGUCCUCUGGAUGGACAUAAAAGUUUCUCCUCUUAGAGUAGUUAUAAACACAUGCUCUGCAGGAUACAAGUGUCUGCUCCUCCUUGCACUUCUGAGGGAUAUCUUCCGCACCGCCCCCAUCUCAGGGCUCCGCUCUCUUCACCUCUCCACCAGCGUUGUCAUCACCAUAUUAACACUAGUUUCCUUGAUCUCCACCUCCGGUUCCUGUGGUUGAAGAAACUUAAAAGAAUGAAAAGAAAAUCUAGUAAGGGUCUCAAUGCUCUGCCAUUUUGGAUUACUCAUUGCUAUGAACUCAAUUUCAUUUGUAAUGGUUUCACCACUUAGAGUAUCCAAGUUCAUUUAUAGUGAAAUGUGACGGGUUUUUCGGUGAAAUGAUGGAAGUUACAUAAUCGUAUCUACCGUUGAGAUA